GGGGAAUGCGCCAUUUUGAAAAUUUCUUGUCCAAAGCGGAGGGGGAUUGAAUGCAAUUUGUGAAUAUUGUACUUUUAAUAUUUAAAAAUCAUUUGUUAGACAUAUUUCUCGCUCAUCACAAAAGGUUUUUUAAACAAUUAUGUCAGGAAAUGGAGAGAUACAGUGGUGUUUUUCUCAGGUCAAAGGGACAUCAGAUGACGAUGUAACUGAAGCUGAUAUCGUAUCCUGUGUGGAAUUCAACCACAGUGGAGAACUGCUUGCUACUGGGGAUAAAGGAGGAAGGGUUGUAAUUUUUCAGCGAGAUCCAGAGUCUAAACAGGCAUUGCCAAGGAGAGGUGAAUACAAUGUUUAUAGUACCUUCCAAAGCCAUGAAGCUGAAUUUGAUUAUCUGAAAAGUCUAGAGAUUGAGGAAAAGAUUAACAAGAUAAGGUGGCUUAAACGUAAAAAUCCUGCUCAUUUUCUGCUUUCAACAAAUGAUAAAACCAUCAAGCUGUGGAAAGUAUCUGAAAGAGACAAGACAAUUGAUGGGUACAACCUGAAAGAUGGAAAUGGACAGAUGAAAGAUCCCUCAUCUAUCACCACACUACAUAUACCAGUAGUAAAACCUAUGGAGCUAAUGGUAGAAGCUAGUCCCAGGAGGAUAUUUGCAAAUGCUCACUCAUACCACAUCAAUUCCAUUUCAGUGAACAGUGACCAAGAAACUUACCUCUCAGCUGAUGACUUGAGGAUUAAUUUGUGGCAUUUAGAAAUUACAGACCAAAGCUUUAAUAUUGUUGAUAUUAAGCCCACAAACAUGGAAGAACUAACUGAAGUCAUCACUGCAGCAGAAUUCCACCCUUCCCAGUGUAAUGUAUUUGUGUACAGUAGUAGUAAAGGAACUAUUAGGUUGUGUGACAUGAGAUCAUCAGCUCUUUGUGACCACCAUACAAAAUUGUUUGAAGAACCAGAAGAUCCCACAAGUAGGAGUUUCUUCUCAGAAAUAAUAUCUAGUAUAUCAGAUGUGAAGUUUAGUAAUAAUGGACGGUACAUGAUUUCCAGGGACUAUUUAUCUGUGAAAGUGUGGGACUUGAACAUGGACACUAAGCCUGUUGAAUGUUAUCAUGUGCAUGAAUAUCUAAGGUCCAAGCUGUGUAGUUUAUAUGAAAAUGAUUGUAUCUUUGACAAAUUUGAGUGUUGUUGGAAUGGAACAGACAGCUGUUUAAUCACAGGAUCAUAUAAUAACUUCUUUCGGGUUUUUGACCGCAACACCAGGCGUGAUGUAACAUUAGAAGCUUCUAGAGAUAUAGCCAAAGCUAGGACAGUACUCAGGCCAAGAAAGGUUGGCACGGGUGGGAAAAGAAAGAAAGAUGAAAUAGGUGUAGACUGUUUAGAUUUUAGCCGAAAAAUUCUGCACACAGCGUGGCACCCUCAAGAAAACAUCAUUGCUGUAGCAGCAACCAAUAACUUAUACAUCUUUCAAGAGAAGCUGUAGUUAUUAUAUCAGUUUAGUAUUAAUUUUAUAAGUGGCCACAGAUUGUUGGGGUGGAUGUACUGCCAGAUAUUUGUAUUAACUAAUAAAAUGAGAGCUAGAGUCUGAAGUUCCUGAAGUUGAUCAAACUAUGUAUUAUUGAGCCAUAUUAAAUGUAAUGGUGGACUCUGCUGGACAAAUAUUCAGAAUAAGGAAACUUUGUAAUUUAACUUCAUCUGGCUGUGCCGUAUGCUAUGUUAGUUAUUCGUCACUUACCCUUCGUGCAUUGUGCCUUCUUCCUGAGCUGCUGUACUACACUGUCCAUCAUUGACCAUUGUCUAGUUAGGUUAUCACUGGUUGCCAGAUGUAUGUAGUUAUUUGUGUGUAUUUUUUUCUCCUAUGACUUGUGUGAUGCCUGCUAAAUUGUUGUUACUCAUGAAAGAAUAUAUUAGUUACUUACUAAGUUUAAAAAAUUGGGAAUAACUGCUCAACAUGCCCUGUGAGGAAGAAAUUAAAAGGCAUGAGCUUCCUUUUCUUUCUUUUUUUUUCCAGUAUGCUGUUUGGUGCUCUCUAUUUAGUGAAAUAUGGCAUUUUUCAUUUCCUAGUAUCUGUUUUUUUGCCAUAAUUCAUUUCAUUGCUUAGAACAUGUAUGUUGUGUUGAGUUCACAUCAAGAGAGCCAAAUGAGAAUAAAUAUUUAGAUAUGUAAUAGUAACAAGUUGUAUAUUAAAAUAAAAUGUGAAUUUGAUUUUAAAAUGUUUAAUUUUGUUUUAGUAGCAAAAAUGAAACAAUUAUUAUACUUUUUUUAUAAAUGAAUUAACAUAUUGAUUUUUUUUCAUCAAUAAUUUUUGUUGUGAAAGUCUUCCAUAGUGACUUCAUCUUUAUACAUUAAUUUCAUAAAAUGUCAGUAUUAAUUGGGCUGCAUCAUAUUUUUGUUCAGAGCUGCCUGAAAUGUUACUGUUAGGCUGUUCAUAAUUUAGUAGUAAGAUUAAAUAUGAGAAUGUUUAGGAAGGCUUAAUUUUUUUUAAAUAUUAAAUAUCUUCCUAUAAGUUGUAAUUUAUAUUAAAAUGCAUAAAGACUGAAAGUUUCUAUACAGGAUUAAUCAUGAAAUAACUAAACUGAUUUAAGAAUGUUUUUGUGAAGACUGAUAAUUAUGAUAACAUCAGGCAAAAAGUCCAGUAAUUUCUACAUUUCACAUUUUAUGCCCAAUGAAAUGCUAACAGAUUAGAUUUAUACUUAGUAAGGAGGUUUUCUGAUACAUCUUAAGUAAUGGAAUUAACUGAAGUAGAAUGAGUCAAAAUAUUCCUCAUAAUUUGCUCAGGACAACAGAAUCUAAUAUGAUUUAUGCUGUAGUUUAAGAAAAUCCUGUAGGAGAAUGCCCACUGUGUUGGUGUUGAGACCACGUUUCUGAAAGGGGUAAUACUUGUAUACGUGAAUAAACAACAGUGGUUGACAUUGUUCAGCAUCCUGUACAAAUACAUUCUUGUAUUAAACAAGAAAGUCUUAAUAAAGGAAAAGAGUGCUCAAAGUAAAAAGUCAUGUGUCUUCUUGCUUCAUGCUUAAAUUGAUUUUUAAAUACUUUAAUAAUUUGAAAGAGAAACUUUCCCCACAAUUUUGGCAACUUUCCUAUUUAAGGUUGUGAUAAUCAAAGGUUUUAAGUGGUAUCUUUUAAAUAAACAUAUUCUUGGAUUGCAUGACAUGCUUUAAUUUAAAACUUUUUUUCAUUGUACAGAAUAUGUUUGAACAUAAAAAAUAUUGCAUUUGAAGUGACUGAUUUUUUUAUGUAUUUAUAAGCUUUCAUAGAUGUUUUAGGCCUACAAGAACAGUCAGUUUAUUUGCUUAAUUUGCAUACAGUUAUUACAUUUACUACAUAAGGUCACAUACACAAAUAUUGUAGUUGAGUUACUGUAAUGAAAAUUAAAUUUCCAAUGAAAGUGCUAAGUAAACAGAAAAUUCUUUCUCUUUGAAAGUUCAUAAGUGGACAAACAUAUUUUCUGAACUGGUUUUGAUGAUUUAGUCUUAUUUCCAUGUAUCUUCAUCAAGAGUGUGGGUAGAAACGUUUUACCCCCAGUUUCAACAACGUGUCCAUUACUUUAAACAAUUCUUACAGGUUCUAUAUUCACAUAAACUACCAUUAAAAUUGAUACACCUACAUACUGAAGUUACUACAUUUACAAACAGGAACAUUGAUUUUUCAUGUAUUACAUUAACCUUAAAUUGAAGUUUAUUUUAGUUAAAAUUGCUCAGUACAACAGUCUUUCAAAACUAGAUAUUUUACCGUUUACCUAUUAUUCAACAAACGUAAAUAUGUAAUUGAGGAAAUGCCGCAGAGAGAGAAGGUUUUGGGGAAAAUGUACCUCGUAGGUGUUUUCUCGACUAAUCCCAUGCUAUAGACGCGAUCCUCAAUAGAGGAGAAAGGGGAUUUUUAACUGAUAUGGUGUUGGUAAAAAACUUGGUUAACCUCGGAGCAUUGGAAUAGAUCCGAGUAAUAACAUAAGGUUUUUCAAAAUAUUUAUUACAUAGUAGUACAGUAUGCUUGAGUAAUGAGUUCUUGAAAGAAAGAGACUGGACAAUGUAGAUUAAAAAUAAACACUGUAUAUUUAUUUACAAACACGGUGAGUAUACUACUUCUCUCAUAUAUUUGGGGCAAUUGCUUCUACUGGAUAAGUUGUCUUCAACUGAUCAUCUGUUAGACUGAUUAAACUUUCCUUACUUCGCCGGUAAUGUCAGAUUUACCCAGAAUGACUGGUCGUUUUCUUAAAGCAUAGGGGAAACCGUAACUUCGAGAUACCCUCGGAAUUAUCAUUUAAAAGCACUAGCUGUUGCCCCCUCAGUGGCACAGAGGUAUGUCUGCGGAUUUACAACACUAGACACAGGGUUUCGAUACCAGUGAUGGGCAGAGCACAGAUAGCCCAUUGUGUAGCUUUGUGCUUAAUUACAAAUAAACAAACAAAAGCAUCUUGUAUGUAUAGAAUAUAUAACAAAACGUACAGUAUUAUAGGCAGCUAGAACGACUUUCUUGACCAUGUAUGUAAAAACCUACACAUACUCAAAGUAAUUGAUAAAUUCUGAAUAAAUGCAAUAGUUCUACAAGAAAGUAUAAAUGCAUGGUAUAUUUACCACACUACUAAGUUAUAGCAACAUGCUAGUUAUAGCUUGCAAAUAUAGUGCCCUGUUCUAAGACACUUAUUAUGCUGAUAAGUAAUUGGCUAGUGCAGUCGAACAACUAAUGAACUGAAAUUUGAGUUGAAACUCAAGAUAAAAGAAAUGUUGAUGUUACAUGGUAGAAAAGUUAGAUAUUCCAAGCUGUACUUUUCUAACUUACGUAAAGAUUGUAGUUUACAUACAGCGUUUUCAAAGUGAAGUUUCGAUAACUAAUAUUUUAUAAUAUUUGAAUAUCUCUCCGACUCGUUUUUCUUAAAAGCAAUUUGAACACUAGUGAAUUUUUAUAUCAAAGAUUUUAUAUACUAAAGGUGUAGUACAACAUUUUGUUUGAUUCCUUGCACGUGCUUAAUUCUUUUAUUCCGUUUAUGUAUUAUUUGGUGAUAAAGUUAAGAGUCUGUACACCAAGACAUUGACCCUAUAUAAUAAAUUAUGUAAAAAAUAAAUGAUUGUUUAUAGUUUUUUGGCAUACUUCUAGUUUGGGGGAUCUUUUUUUUUCUUCUUCUUCCAUCAUAUUUCUUAAUAGUCUAUGAGCCAAAUAGAUUGUUCGUUAAUAUUUGGGCGGAAAAAGGCUAUGAUAUCUUUUUAGAAAACUAGCGAUCUGUACUUUAUGGUGCUGUGUAUUUGACACCUUAAAAAAAAGGUAUCUGUUAGAAUUUAUAACGUUACCAUGGCAACAAAGUCAUGUUUUAAGAAGAAAUUUCUUAAUAACUUAAAAACCUUUAAAAUAACAACUACAUCAAAUACAGUAAUAAGGAAAAUAUCCACAUCUAUGUUGUUUGAUAUGGGCAAUUCAUUGUUGGUAUGAUCUUUAUGUCAUGGUCAAGUCAAUAAACUAUUUUAUUAUUUGCA